AUGUCCGGCGCCAACGCCACCGGGCGGCGCAAGCCGCUCGACACACGCAUCCCGGCCCUCAUCAGCAACUCGCUCAUCUCGGGCCACCGCUCCUUCUUCGUCAUGGUCGGCGACAAGAGCAAACAGCACGCCCAGAUCGUCAAUCUGCACUUCCUUCUCAGCCAGAGCAUCGCCGGCCUCGCCAACCCGACCGAUGCCCAGAAGAAGAACCCGCGGCCGUCAGUCCUGUGGGCGUACAAGAAGGACCUCGGCUUUACGUCGAACCGCAAGAAGCGCGAGACCAAGGUCAAGCGCGAGGUCAAGCGCGGCCAGCGCGAGGUCGGCGAGAUGGACCCGUUCGAGCUCUUCGUCUCAGUCACCGACGUGCGGUACACGUACUACAAGGACACGCACAAGAUCCUCGGCCAGACGUUCAACAUGCUCGUCCUCCAGGACUUUGAGGCGCUCACGCCCAACCUGCUCGCGCGCACGAUCGAGACGGUCGAGGGCGGCGGCAUCGUCGUGUGCCUACUUCAGGGCAUGAAGAGUCUGCGCGAGCUGUACAGCAUGACGAUGGACGUCCACUCGCGGUAUCGCUCGAGCAUGUCGGAGGCGUCGCCCGUCGCGCGCUUCAACGAGCGCUUCCUCCUGUCGCUCGGCAACAACCCGUCGUGCCUGGUCGUCGACGACGAGCUCAACGUCCUCCCCAUCUCGGCCGGCAAGGACAUCGUGCCCAUCGACCCGGACCUGGGCGUCGGCGUCGCGCGCUCGUCGGGCAAGGGCAAGCGCCGCGAGCAGGAGGGCGAGGCCGAGCUGCGCGCGCUCAAGGAGAGCAUGGCCGACACCAAGGGCGUCGGCGACGUCCUCGCGGAGGCGCGCACGCUCGACCAGGCCAAGGCCAUCCUCACCUUUACCGACGCCAUCACGUCCAAGUCGCUGUCGCAGACCGUGUCGCUCACGGCCGCCCGAGGUCGCGGCAAGUCGGCCGCGCUCGGCCUCUCGAUCGCGCUCGCCAUCCUGCACGGCUACUCGAACGUGUUUGUGACGAGCCCGAGCCCGGAGAACCUCAAGACCUUGUUCGAGUUCAUCUUCAAGGGCUUUGACAAGCUCGGCUGGGAGGAGCACCUCGACUACGACAUUGUCCAGAGCACCAACCCCGAGUGGAAGGGCGCCGUCGUGCGCGUCAACAUCUUCCGCCAGCACCGCCAGACCAUCCAGUACAUUCAACCGCAAGACUUCCACGUUCUCGGCCAGGCCGAGCUCGUCGUCAUCGACGAGGCCGCCGCCAUCCCGUUGCCGCUCGUGCGGUCGCUCCUCGGCCCGUACCUCGUCUUCAUGGCGUCGACGAUCAACGGCUACGAGGGCACGGGCCGGUCCCUGUCGCUCAAGCUCCUCCAGCAGCUGCGCGAGAUGUCGCGCCCGGCGUCGGCGCUCGCCGCACCCGCCAAGAACGACGACGGCACGGCGGUCAAGGGCGGCUCGUCGUCGGCGUCGCUCAACGUCGCGCGCACGCUCAAGGAGAUCAAGCUCACGACGCCGAUCCGGUACGCGCCCGGCGACGAGAUCGAGAAGUGGCUCAACCAGCUCCUGUGCCUCGACGCGACCAUCGCCGUCCCGAGCAAGAAGACGCUCCAGGGCUGCCCGCACCCGUCCCAGUGCGAGCUGUACUACGUCAACCGCGACACCCUGUUCUCGUACCACCCGGCGUCCGAGGUGUUCCUCCAGCGCAUGAUGAGCCUCUACGUCGCGUCGCACUACAAGAACUCGCCCAACGACCUGCAGCUCAUGAGCGACGCGCCCGGCCACCACCUCUUUGUCCUCCUCCCGCCGCUCAAGGAGGGCGACAACUCGCUCCCGGACCCGCUCGUCGUCGUCCAGGUCGCGCUCGAGGGCAACAUCAGCAAGCAGAGCGUCAUGGACAACCUGUCGCGAGGCCGCAUGGCCGGAGGCGACCUCAUCCCGUGGACCGUCACGCAGCAGUACCAGGACGACGACUUUGCGAGCCUGUCGGGCGCACGCAUCGUGCGCAUCGCCGUUCACCCGGACUACGCCAAGAUGGGCUACGGCUCGAAGACCUUGACGGCCCUCAACGAGUUCUACAGCGGCGAGCUGCUCAACCUCGACGAGGUCGCCGCCGAGCUCGACGUCGAGACGUUCGAGGACGUCGCCAAGGUUGACGAGUCGGCCUCGCUCCAGACGGACCGGAUCGGGAUCCGCGACGCCGCCAAGAUGCCGCCGCUCCUGCAGCGCCUGUCGGAGCGCCAGCCCGAGAACCUCGACUACCUCGGCACCUCGUACGGCGUGACGCCGCUCCUGUUCAAGUUUUGGAAGCGCGCGGGAUACGUCCCGCUGUACAUGCGCCAGACGACCAACGACCUCACGGGCGAGCACUCGUGCAUCAUGAUCCGCGGCCUCAACAAGAACGAGGACGAGGCCAAGCGGUGGCUCGGCGACUUCUCGAUCGACUUCCGCAAGCGGUUCAUCGCCCUCCUGUCGUACAAGUUCCGCGAGUUCAGCUCGAUCCUCGCCCUCAGCAUCCUCGAGUCGGCGAGCUCGCUCGACACGGCCUCGGGCCGACGAACCCUCGUCUCGACCGACGUCCGCGACACGUUCUCGCCGUUCGACCUCAAGCGCCUCGACUCGUACGGCAACAACAUGCUCGACUACCACGUCAUCCUCGACCUCCUGCCGACGCUCGCGGCCCUGUACUUCUCGCGUCGCUUCCCCGAGGACGUCAAGCUGUCGGGCGUGCAGGCGUCGAUCCUCGCGUCGCUCGGCCUGCAGCGCAAGUCGGUCGAGGACAUCGAGACCGAGCUGCAGCUCCCUGUCGCCCAGACGCUCGCCCUCUUCGUCAAGGUCAUCCGCAAGCUCACCAAGUCGCUCCAGGAGGUCCUCAAGGCCGACGUGGCGCGCUCGCUCCCGACCGAGGAGGCCGCCGCCGCGACGGCUGCGCGCAUCCUGCCCGCCGGCGACUCGGGCGUCGCGACGUCGCUCACGCACAAGGACGCGCUCGCCAAAGAGCUCGAGGACGAGGGCAACGAGGUGCUCAAGCAGCUGCGCGACGAGCAGCGCGGCGUCAUUGACUCGCUCGACCUCAAGCAGUACGCCAUCGGUGGCUCGAAGGACGAGUGGGCGGCAGCCGAAGCGCAGGUCGCCGCCAAGGUGGUCGGCGGCAAGGACCGCCUCUCGUCGACCGUGAGCGUCAAGAACCCGAACUCGACCAAGGCGCUCAAGCGCAACCGCGGCGAGGGCGAAGAGGGCAAGCAGGCCAACGGCGGCAGCGGCAAGAAGGACAAGAAGGACAAGAAGCGUCGCAAGGCGUGAGCGGUCGUCUGCGAGCAGCUCUUCCUGUGUCGGCGGGCUCAGUGCAAGGCUGUCCAUUUCUCGUC